UUCUGCUCCGUCGUUGCCGCGGACGGUGACCUUCGGUUCCGGCCUUUGGGGACGGGGGAAAAACCUCUCCUCCUCGCCCGUUUGAGCCACCGCCUUCGUGGGCCCCCAAAUCCGUCAACUCCAUUCCUGCUGCUUGACGCCCACAGGGCCUGAGCCAUGGUGCUGGGCGUUCAGCAAGUCGUGGGGUACCUGGCCCUGUGGGCCGUCUGCGCUCAGGCCAAACCCACCGAGAAGAAGGAGCGUGUCCACCAGGAUGCUCAGCUGAGCGACAAGGUCCACGACGACGCCCAGAGCUUUGACUACGACCACGAUGCCUUCCUGGGGGCGGACGAGGCCAAGACCUUUGACCAGCUGACCCCCGAGGAGAGCAAGGAGCGAUUGGGCGCGAUGGUGGGCAAAAUAGACACGGAUAAGGAUGGGUUUGUGACGGAGGGGGAGCUGAAGGACUGGAUUAAGAAGGCGCAGAAGAAGUACGUCUAUGAGAAUGUAGCGCGCCAGUGGCAGGAGUAUGACUUGGACCAAGAUGGCCUCAUCUCCUGGGCGGAGUACAGGAAUGUCACCUAUGGCACUUACCUGGAUGAUCCGGACCCCGACGACGGCUUCAAUUACAAACAGAUGAUGGUGCGGGACGAGCGGCGGUUCAAAAUGGCCGACAAAGAUGGAGACUUGAUUGCCACCAAGGAGGAGUUCACGGCGUUCCUGCACCCGGAGGAAUACGACUACAUGAAGGACAUCGUCGUGCAGGAAACCAUGGAGGACAUCGACAAGAACGGAGACGGGUUCAUUAAUUUGGAAGAAUACAUAGGGGACAUGUACAGUCACGACGGGGACACGGAGGAGCCCGAGUGGGUGAAGACGGAGCGGGAGCAAUUUGUGGAGUUCCGGGACAAAAACCACGACGGGAAGAUGGACAAGGAGGAGACCAAGGACUGGAUCCUCCCCUCCGAUUACGACCACGCCGAGGCCGAAGCGCGGCACCUGGUGUACGAGUCGGACAAGGACAAGGACGGCAAGCUCACCAGAGAAGAAGUUGUGGACAAGUACGACCUCUUUGUGGGCAGCCAGGCCACGGACUUCGGAGAAGCCUUAGUACGGCACGACGAAUUCUAAGC